AAUUUAAAAUAAUAAUAAUAAUAAUAAUAAAAAAAAAAAAAAAAAAAAAAACGUACAAUGGUAAACACGAAAUUACACAGUCGUUUGUUUUGCAGAAAAAUGCUCCGUACAAAAAGAGUCUCCAAAUCACCAUACGCUAGACCCGGACGCGCCCAAGCUGCCGCCAAAAAGGCGAAAAUAUCUAAUACUACGACGAGACGGAUCCAGGUCACACCCGCACCCACAGUACCAGUUGUGUCAACUCAGCAUGACAUCCAGGAAAACCACACUCCAGCGUCGACAGCACCAGCUCCAUCAACCCAAACUCCAGUGUUGACAGCACCAGCUCCAUCGGCCCAAACGUCAGCUUUGACAGCACCAGCUCUAUCAACCCAAACUCCGGAGAUGACAGCACCAGCUACAUCAAUAAUGGCAGCAUCUGACCCCUCAGUAUUCUCUGCAGUGGCUAAAGUUCAGGAAGCUGGCCCCCCACACAGACUACUAUCCCUGCCAAGUUCCUCCGGAAUUCUGGAACCAUUUGAGCAGGAAGUAGAACAGCUACUCAGAGCAUCAGUCUCCCAUAACACUCAAGAAAUAUACCAGAAAGGUCUCGACUCUUUUUCACAAUUUAGAAAACUUUUUAACUUGAAGGAAUUGUGGCCCCCUCCCAUAGACCAAUUAAUAAACUAUAUCGCUUACCUAUCAUCAAAGGGGACAACAUACACUACAGCCAAAACGUACCUAGCAGGCUUAAGCUUCACCAUAAAACUAGGUAACUUCCCAGACCCAUGUCAAUUUUUCAUAGUCAAGAAAAUGCUCCAUGGCUUUAAACAACUCAAACAUAGAAAAGAUUCAAGAAGCCCGAUAACAUUUCCCCUAUUAGUUAAGAUAAUAGAUUCCUUGCAACACGUAUGCCGAAAUUAUUACGAGAAAUUACUCUUCUCCUCUGCUUAUGGCCUUGCAUUCUUUGCUUUACUUAGAGUCGGGGAGAUAACUUCCACUAAGGCAAACCCCCCCAGUUCCCCAUUGUCAAUACAAAACGUAUCCAUAUCACAAUCAUCCAUACUGAUCACAUUAGGGAAAACCAAAACAGAUCAGCAUGGCAAGGGCACAACAAUGCAAAUUAACAGCACAAAGCAAAAUCAGGUCCUAUUUCACAACAUACAAGCUUACAUGACCCAUAGACCAUCACAAACUCAAACAUCUCAGUUUUUAUGUCACAUGGAUGGCUCGCCCAUGACAUACUAUCAAUUCAAUCAAGUACUAAAGAAAGUUCUAUCAUUCCUCAAGCUUGACACAUCAACAUUCAAAUCCCAUUCAUUUCGCAUAGGGGCGGCAACUUCAUUGUAUAUGCAAGGUACUCCAGAGCAAGAAAUUAAAACAAUGGGUAGAUGGAAAUCCAAUGCUUUCAAGUCCUAUGUUCGCCCGAAUGCUGUAGUCCUGUAAAUAGUCAGUCUUACUAACUGUAAGCUAAGUUUGCAGGGACUUGCUGCAAGGUAUGGAUCGUUGGAUCUUCCAUUAUCAGACGAGCCGAAGAUUACUGCAUACGUUCAACAAUUGGCCAAAACUUGUCUCUGGAGCACUUAAAGAUAGAUGUUACCUGGUCUGGAUCUGGGGGACUAAAAUGGGAGCAACUUGAUCAACACAUUGCCAGAUUGAUAAAUCGUCAUAAUGAUAUCAUGCCUCAAAUGCUAAUAGUUCACUGUGGCGGUAACAGUAUUGGCCUUCAGCCCCUUAAAAAACUACAACUAGCCAUGAAGGCAUUAUUAGCCUCCCUUCAUAAAAAAUUACCAAACACACUUCUAGUAUGGUCAAAUAUACUCCCUCGCAAAUACUGGCGUUACAUGAUUUCCAGCGAAGCUGCAGAGAAAUCUAGAAAAAGAAUAAAUAAUUCUAUUGGCUGCUUUGUUGUUCAGAAGUUAAAUGGGGCCCUCAUACGUCAUCCUGAUAUUAAAAUAGAUCAGCCCAAAUUAUUCCUCGAUUGCGUACAUCUAUCAGAUCUUGGGAAUUCUAUUUUCACAACUACAAUUCAAACGGCAUUGUCCAAGUUUCUCACUUCAAGUCAAAAAGUUUUCCCUAUCCUCCCUUAACGCAGUAUCUGUUCAUGGCUUGCAAAUGGCCCCAUUAUGCCAUCCCCCCCCCCAAUUUCUGAUAGUAGACACAUGUGCAUUGCAUUCCUCAUUUUCCCCAACAACCCCCCCUCCCCAUUUUCCCCCUCAGUUCAUGCUUGAUGAUAUAUUGGUAUGUUGUAUUGAAUUGUUUUGCCAAAUUACACAUUGUUGUUACCCUGUAUAUUGCAUUGAAUUGUUUUGCUAAUUAUUGUGUUGCAUUAGACAUGAUGUCUUGUUUGCCAAAUUUUCCGCCACUUGUUGGCGGAUGGAUUGCUGUCUCGAAAUUCGCGUACAGCAAUCCACUUGGCAGAAUUUUGCAACAAGCCAUCGCUGGCAACUUCUGUUUACCCUCCAGGGUUGUCAGCACCAUAUGGCUCCCCAUUUCUGCAAACUGUAUGCGCCAAAUGCCAGAUUGAGGAUCGGCGCUUACUCAUUGACACUUGCUAUAAUACUUGAUUAUUGUCCAUUGUUUUGAUACCAUUGUUUGAUUAUGUAAUUACCUUAUAAUGUUAAACAAGAAUAAAGCCAUGACAGAUACUGCCAUUCUGAAUUGCUUAUUCUUUCGAGAUAAUUGCAUUUACUGCUAUGUGCAGUAAGUGCCAGUU